AAACGAAUAGAUUUUAGACGGUUAUAGGGUUUUUGAAUAGAUAAUAAUGGAAAAUAAAGAGGGGGUGAGUGGGUUAUAUGGUAUGUCAGCGGCUACGAUUGAGAUGAAACGGGGACAUGCCAUUUGCAUUAAAUUUAAGAAAGAGAUAGAAUCAGUUUCAGGAUAUUUAUGGAACAUUGAUCCAUCAUCAGGAACAGUGUUUGUUUUUGAAACGAAUGAAAAAGAAUAUAAUGUUAUGUAUGUUAUUAUGUCUGAUUCAAUAUAUAGUAUUACAUUUUUGAAUGACAAGGAACCGUUGUCUACAGAUUUGAUGGAUGCUUAUAUGAAUCUUGAGGAUGAAGUUGAAUAAAAAUAAAGAUUUAAUGUAAUUGAAUUAUUAUUUUUAUUAUAAAU